UGUUUUUUGAAGUAAACUCAGUGUUAUUUAAACAGCGUAGUUGGCCAGUGUGAGAGCUGUCUGUGCCUGUUCGAGACCAAACCCAGCAACAACCAGCUAGACAGCGACGACCCGGUACUGCAGCCCAGCGAAUUAGAUAUUUAAUAACAUCUAUAUUUUCAAACAUCUAUAAAAAUGUGUGGAAUAUUUGCGUACUUGAAUUAUCUGACACCCAAGUCCCGCCAGGAGGUGCUAGACCUUCUGGUCACGGGCUUGAAGAGAUUGGAAUACCGCGGCUACGACUCUACUGGAGUGGCAAUUGACUCACCGGAUAAUAAAAACAUCGUGAUGGUCAAGCGAACGGGAAAGGUCAAAGUGCUUGAAGAAGCGAUUCAAGAGCACUUCAGCGGAGGAGAAUACAGCAAACCCGUUCUGACCCAUGUCGGCAUUGCCCACACCCGCUGGGCCACCCAUGGUGUUCCUUGCGAGAGGAACUCCCACCCACACCGAUCGGACGACGGAAAUGGUUUCGUCGUAGUACAUAAUGGCAUCAUCACCAACUACAAUGAUGUAAAGACCUUUCUCGCGAAACGAGGUUACGAGUUCGAGUCGGACACGGAUACAGAAGUAUUUGCCAAGCUAGUACACCACCUGUGGAAAACCCAUCCCACCUACUCGUUCCGCGAGCUGGUCGAGCAAGCCAUCCUUCAAGUGGAGGGCGCCUUUGCUAUUGCCGUAAAGUCCAAGUACUUUCCCGGAGAGUGUGUGGCGUCGCGGCGUAGUUCGCCUUUGCUAGUGGGAAUCAAGACAAAAACACGCCUAGCUACUGAUCACAUUCCUAUUCUUUAUGGAAAAGAUGAGAAGAAGCUCAGCCCCGAUCAAGAUGCCGACUCUGGAAAACCUCAAGAUAUUCGCCCACAUGGACAAUCCCGUGAACUGCCAGUGCUACCCCGCUCGGAAAGCACUUCUGAGUUCAUGCCCUUGGAAGAGAAGGAAGUUGAGUACUUCUUCGCGUCGGAUGCCUCAGCCGUCAUAGAGCACACUAACAGGGUCAUCUAUUUGGAGGACGACGAUGUUGCUGCUGUUCGGGAUGGUACAUUGAGUAUCCAUCGCCUGAAGAAGAGCCUGGAUGAUCCGCAUGCUCGUGAAAUCACUACCCUAAAGAUGGAAAUUCAACAGAUCAUGAAGGGAAACUAUGACUAUUUUAUGCAAAAGGAGAUUUUUGAGCAGCCCGACUCCGUGGUGAAUACAAUGCGCGGUCGCGUCCGCUUCGAUGGGAACGCCAUAGUGCUCGGCGGAAUUAAGGACUACAUUCCUGAAAUCAAACGCUGUCGACGCCUGAUGUUGAUAGGAUGUGGCACAUCCUACCACAGCGCUGUUGCCACUAGACAGCUUUUAGAAGAGCUCACGGAGCUCCCCGUGAUGGUUGAGCUUGCUUCCGAUUUCUUAGACCGGAACACGCCUAUUUUCAGAGACGACGUCUGCUUCUUCAUAUCGCAGUCUGGAGAGACUGCCGACACCCUAAUGGCCUUGCGCUACUGUAAGCAGCGGGGAGCUCUGAUUGUGGGAAUUACGAAUACCGUAGGUAGCAGCAUCUGUCGCGAAUCGCAUUGUGGAGUGCACAUAAACGCUGGGCCAGAGAUAGGCGUAGCCUCGACCAAGGCCUACACCUCCCAGUUCAUUUCUUUGGUGAUGUUCGCUCUAGUUAUGUCCGAGGAUCGGCUGUCACUGCAGCAGCGACGGCUUGAAAUUCUGCAGGCGUUGUCCAAUCUCGCGGAUCAAAUCCGAGCCGUUCUGCAGCUGGACUCCAAGGUUCAAGAACUGGCCAAAGACCUUUACCAACACAAGUCACUUCUGAUAAUGGGUAGAGGCUACAACUUUGCCACCUGCCUGGAAGGUGCAUUGAAAGUCAAGGAGUUGACUUACAUGCACAGCGAGGGCAUCAUGGCCGGUGAAUUGAAGCACGGCCCACUGGCUCUUGUAGACGACUCCAUGCCCGUGCUGAUGAUUGUCUUGCGGGACCCCGUUUACGUAAAGUGCAUGAACGCCUUACAACAGGUAACAUCCCGCAAGGGCUGCCCGAUUAUUAUCUGCGAGGAGGGAGACGAGGAGACCAAGGCUUUCUCCUCUCGCCAUCUAGAGAUUCCUCGCACCGUCGACUGCCUGCAAGGAAUUCUCACCGUUAUACCAAUGCAACUGCUGUCUUAUCAUAUUGCCGUUCUCCGCGGAUGCGACGUUGACUGUCCCAGAAACCUGGCAAAGUCCGUCACAGUUGAGUAAACACUUAGAUAUUUGGAACCACAUUAAGUCGAGUUCCGACUUUGUACCUAUACAUGAUAUUCUCCACAUUUUGUUGUGAAAAUUUACAAAACAAUGCAUAUCUUCAAAAUACCAUUAUUAUAAAAUAUAUUCACUUUAUCCAGACUAAAUUUUCGUUGAAUAAAAUGUAUUUUGUUUACAAAA